AUGCAAUCAACUAUUGAAAAACUUCGUGAAUAUUGUGAAACAGAUUAUCGAUCACUUCAUGAAGUUAUUAAAUUAUGGACAAAUGUUUUGUCUAAAUGUGAUUUAUCAAUAUUAGGUGAUGAAAAAUGGUCAGUACUUGAACAAGUAUUCAAAUCAUCUUUACUUUGUUCAAAUUCGUACAUUGCUCGUGAAUGUCUUCAACAAUUGAACAAAUAUUUUUCAAAAACAAGUCCUGCUUCAAUAACAUUAAAUACGAUGUACUUUGAAUUUAUUGGAGAAUUUGAUAAAGCUAAACAAAUUAUUUCAACAUUAUUAAAUGAUAAUGAAACAGAUGACAUUUAG